GGAGCUGACUGAGCAGAGAGAAGAAGAACCCAGCAGCACUGUUGUUGUUUCAGACGUUAGCUUGAACUGUUGAUGUUCUUCAGUUAAUCAUAUUUAUAAAUAUUUAUAUUUAUAAAUAUUAAUAUACUGACUCCACUGAAGCAUUAGGUCUGAAGCUAUGAUUCUAAAGUAGAUGUAAAGUGUCGCGCUGACUGUUCAUUGGAUUAGCUCCUUGCUAGCUUGCUGACCCGGCUAACUCCGUGUGCUCGGUUAGUUCAGUCAGUCCGGUAUGGACCGAGGACUGGGACCGACCCGGAACAGACCCCCUAUAGGGCCACCUGGCGAAGAUGGACCUCGACCCAACAUGUGUCAUCCGGGCUGGGGUCCUCCUCCACCAGGAGGCUGGGGCCCCCCUCCGCCUGGUGGUUGGCCUCUGCCGCCCGAAGAAUGGGGGCCUCCGCCGCCCGAAGGUUGGGGGCCACCUCCGCCUGGAGGUUGGGGACCACCUCCACCUGGAGGCUGGGGGCCAAUACCACCUGAAGAAUGGGAACUCAGAGGGCGUCCUCCACAUGACUGGGGACCGAGAGGACCACCUCCUCCGGGCUGGGGACCCCAUCCAGACGACUGGCUGCCCCCUCCUGACUGGAGACCCCCACACCCUGACGACUGGAGGCUUCGCCACCCAGACGACUGGAGACCCCCCCACCCUGAUGGCUGGAGGCCUCCCCACCCGGACGACUGGAGACACCAUUACCCUGAUUGGAGACCCCCUCAUCCCGAUGACUGGAGACCUCCCCCAGAGGGCUGGGGACCACAUAUGUGGGGUCCAGAAGGUCCACGUGAGCCGUGGGGACCUGAACCUGUGGCACCAGCAGCUGUACCACCUAUCCCUCCCACUGUUGGGAUCCCUCCCCCAGACCCUGCAGCCUUUGUACCAGUGCAGGUUCCUCCUGCCCCCCCUCCAGCCUGCGUCCCUCCGGUGGGGUACCCGUCCUACCCUCCUCCGGGCUGGACUGGAGAGCAGGUUGUAGAAGAACCGAUGCCAAACCCACCUCCAGAUCAGCCUGAGUGGAUCAAAGCCUUGAUAGCAGCCCCAGGUUCUGAGUCGACGGUGGCAGAAGUAAAGAAACCUUCAGAGGAUCCAGCCGUCUCCAUGAUGACUGUGACUGAUGCUGAUGCUGAAGCUGUCGCCCCAAAACCUAAGACUAAAACCAAGUCCAAAAAGAAACCUAAAGCUGACGUGAGCAAGACCAGCAUGGCUCUGGGGCUGCUGGGGAAACGUUCAUUUGAAAAGCCUCCUCCAGGACGGUCAACCGGCAUCAUCUCAUUCAUUGGGCCCACUUUCGGCUACAUCGAGAGAGAAGAUCUGGAGAAGUUCACCUUCAGCUUCGCUGCCUUCUUUGGAAACCCCAAAGCCAUGGCGCCCGGGGUCAGAGUUCACUUCACCGCCUGCAAAGAGAAGAACAGCCUCAUAGCGACGGAUGUGAAAGUGGCUCCAGGAGGAACCGAGAACGUGGACACAGAGAUCUACGAGGCGGCGGUCAGUCAGCCCAUCGUGGAGCCGCAGCCCGGAGAGCGUCAGUACCCGGGUCAGGUCCACGUGAACAUCGGGCCGCUGAGGACCAGCCUGACGUACGAGAGGAAGGACAGCACGGUGACGCUGCUGAAGGACGACCAGGUGCUCAUCAACCUGCUGACCGACAUCGUCAGCGAGAAGAGGAGAGCCACGAACAUCAAACCCAAGAUCCCCUCCACCUUUGAGCUCACCAAGGAGGAGCGGCAGGAGGGAGUCAUCAUCAGCCUGAAGGACAGCGAAGGUGUCAUCAAGUCUGAAGAACACGGCGAGCUUUCCUUUGACAUCAAAGAGAACUUCAGCGACGUGGAGUUCACCGCCGAGGACAUCAACGAGGAGGUGGAGUUCACCGUCAUCACGCUGAGGGCGGGGAAGCGAGCCAUCAGGAUCCGGCGGGUGAAGGAGCCGCUCCUCCUCACGCUCUGCUCAGCCACCGCAGCAGUUGCCGCCGCCGCCACCACCGAGGAGGCGGACACACAGAGCUCGGAUGAGGACAGUGACGAAGACUCUUCCAAGCCUCCUACAUCGAUGACCAUGGCGGAGCUGGGGCCCACCAUAAAGCUGGACACGGAGCUGUACGAGGGCAUCGUCAGCCAGCCCAUCAUCGAGCCCACGCCCAACCUGCCGGGUUACCCGGGACAGAUCCACGCCAACAUCGGCCCCGUGAAGACCAACGUGACCUUUGACCACCGGGACUGCGGUGUCACGCUGCUGAAGAACGACCACGUGUUGAUCAACCUGUUGGUCGACAUUUGCACCAGGAAGAGGAGAGCAGCAAACAUCCGACCCAAAAUCCCGUUCACCUUCAGCUACACCAAAGAGACGAGAGAGCUGGGCAUCAUCACCUUCCUGGGAGCAGAGACAGGUAUCGUAAACUCUGAGUAUCACGGGGAGCUACCUUUCGACAUCCGUGAGAACUUCAGCGACACAAAGUUCAACUCCUCCGACAUCCACAAGGAGGUGGAGUUCACGAUGGUCAUGGUCAAAUCUGAGAAGAGGGCAAUCAGACUAAUGAGGACCAAGAGGGUUGAGGAUAAGAUCCUUGAGGAGCAGAAGAAACGGGAAGAGGAGGAGAAGAGGAAGAAGCGGGAAGAUGAGGAGAAGAGGAAACAGGAGGAGGAAGAGAGGAGGAGGAGGGAGGAGGAGGAGAUGGAGCGAGAGAGGAGGAAGAAGGAGGAGGUGGCAUCAGCGCUCGCAGCGGCAAAAUUCAAGUGGACUCCUCUCGGCUUCAAAAUAAGAAACCCAGACACCAUGGACGACAUCAGCAAGGAGAGGUUUGAGGGCACCGUCCUCAGAGCCAUCUCCAAAACCCCUCGUAAGGAGAUCAAGAAGGAGCCAGAGGAGCAGAUAGGAGGCAGCACUGAGAACGGGCACACUCCCUUUGAGCAGGACAAAAUGAAGGAGGAGAAAACGGAUGAAUCAGAAGGACCACCUGAAGGAGCGGAGGUGAAGAAGGAGAUAAAGAAGGAGGAGGAGGAGGUGAAGACUGAUCCGCCAGGUGGAGCCAAGUUAAACCCGGAGAUAGGAAGGCUGGUGAUGACCAUCAACGGGGAGCAGAAACAGCUUCCAUUCAAUCCACACGACCUGCUGAGCACCGCCACCAUGCUGGACGGAGACAAGGUACGUUUCAACAUCGCCACCCAUCAGGGGACCAAAGAGGAACGAGCUACCUUUGUGGAGAUUCUCCCAGACUCCUUUGAAGAGUCUACUGAACAGAGGCGACACGGGAUUGUGAUCGAGUUCACACAUGACUCGGGGCUCAUCAAGUGCACCCAGAACCCUCAGCUCUACUUCCACAUGUCCGAGGUGAUUGAGAGGAAGAGGCUGGAGCUGAAUGAGAAGGUCGAGUUCAGCGUCGUCCCGCAUGAAACGGCAGAGGGGGGGCACCAGGCCAUCCGGAUCAAACGCUUCACUGAGAGCGUUUUCCUUCCCGCUCGGAAACUGGGCGGAGUCGGAGCGAGCAAAGGAAAGAUGACCAUCAAACUGGGAAAAACUUCAGAGGAAUCUGAGAAGGAGAAACCAGAGACAGACAAGCUGAAGGCAGUGGUGAAAAACCUCCGAUCUCAGGACAGCAAGAGUAACACCAGCAGAAAGGAUUACAGCGCCACUCGGCAUCGACACGGGCGGAGCAGGAGCCGAAGCAGGAGCAGGAGUCAUAGUAGGAGUAGGGCCAGGAGUAGAAGUAAAAGUAGGAGCAGGAGUCCGCACAGAGACCAGUUUGGACGUAUCACCAAAAAGAGACGCAGCACCAGCAUUGAUCGUGAUCGUAAAAAUAGCAGACACAGACGAAGCAGAAGCAGGAGCAGAGAGAAGCAGACGAAAAGCCACACUAAAAGCCGCAGCAGGAGCCGCAGCAAAAGCCGCAGCAAAAGCCCCAGCAGGAGUCGCAGCCGCAGCAGGGAAAGAAGCAGGGACAGGUCCAGCAAGAGGAGGACCAAAGUCAGUCGAGAGCCAGAGGAAAGCCACAAGAGGAGGAGGGAGUUGAGCCCUCCUCCUCCUCCCAGACGUGCUGGCGUAAUGGAUGACGAGCUGGCAAGGAAGAAGAGGGAGCUGGAGGAGCUCAAUGAGAUGAUAGCCUACAAAAAGUCCCUGGUUGACAUAGACCCAAGAGGACUUGACCCUGGACAGAGGACCUGCAUAGACUAUGACCACGGCAGGAUCUCCGUCCCACUCACUGAGUACAAACCAGUCAGAUCCAUCCUGAAGAAAAGACCAGAUGGGCCCGAGUACCUUCAUCGCCCCGCACAUUCUUACGAUGAUCCCUACUACGACAGGCCAUACAGUCCUUACCAAGACCGGCGUUAUGGUGACCGCUAUGGUGAUCCAUAUGCUAGCCGUGCCUACCCUGAUCGGCCUUACAGUGACCGACCAUAUGCAGACCGGCCCUAUGAAACUCGUGCCUAUGGUGACGCCCCCUAUGGGGGCCCACCAUCUACCAGCUCCCGUUACACAGAUCGCUACGAUGUUUACGAUGAACCCUAUGAAGAUCGCUACCUUGACCCAGCAUACGCAGACCGACGUCCAGAGGAUCCAUAUCACCCAGUAAAGCGGAGCCAUUCUCCUGAACCUCAUGGCUCCUCUACGUCUCAGUCUGAGAGAGGACCUGCAGCCGCUAGCGAAUCUUCCCUCGCACAAACUGCUUCCCAACCUCCAUUUAGACCUCCUUCUCCCACAGAGCCGCCACCAAGAAGCCCAUCUCCCAAACCAAAGACCACAACAACUCGCCAGUCCCCUCCAGCUGAGAAACCCCCCCUUGAUCGCUUCCUUGACAUGCUUAAUAAAAAGGUGGAUACUGAAAAGAAAUCAGAACCAGUUUACGUUCAUGAUGACCUUUUGCCUCAUGAGCGGGCACUUCAAGAUGGAAGAGGUUUUUCUCGUAUUGUGGGAUUGGCACAAGAUCAGCCCACAAGGAGUCUACCUCCAGAAGGGGAAAAGAACCAACCAAAGCCUACGAGGUCUUCAGCAGAGAGAACAAGCGAGGAACCACAGAGCAAGGCAGAACCCUACGAUAAGAUCCAGAGUCUGCUCCGUACGAUUGGCCUAAAGCUGAGUACAGGAGAUAUGUCCAAACUGGCAAUGCGAGCACAAGAGAAAAUCUAUAGUCCAAAAUCCUUGUCCACAGAGCGAGAGACUUUGUCUUCCACCGGAGAGGACCUGCGAAAAGGUAGAACUAGUUCUGUUGAAUCAGAACACAUCUAUUCCCCUUCUCCUGCGAGGUCCUCCAGUCUGGAGCCGCUCAGCAAACAUAAAGUCUUGACCGAGUAUGAAGGAUUUCUGGACCAGCAGGAGUUGGGGGCCUUGAAGAAGGCACAACAGAUGCUAAGUCUUACUAAGACAAUGGGAAGCGUACCCUCUGACAGUCCUCCCAAAAAUCCUCCUCCAGGGCACCCCCCACCGAUGAACUGGCCCCUUGGAGAAACAACUCAGAUUCCCUCAGCGCCGAGCUUCACAUCUCCAAACAUGGGAGUUCCUCCUGCUGCAGAUCAAUCACUCCAGAGAUCUGGAGCUCCUGUAGGGCCUCCACCUGGACCUCCGCCUGGGCCACCUCCACGAGGCCCUCGACAAGCUCUUCCAGGACCGCCUCCUGGACCACCUCCUGGGCCUCCACCACGGCGCCCUGGACUGGCCCCAGGUCCUCCCCCUGGGCCUCCACCCCAUCACCUUCUGGGAUUACCUCCUUUCACUGCACCCUCAAGUAAUACUGUCUCUCCUUUCAUUGGCCAGUCUGCUGCUCUGCCCGUUCAUUCCUCCAAUCCUGUAACUACUUCCUCAGUAACGCCUCUGUCUUCAACACCAGCAACAUCCAGCUCUCCCACGGACCAAUCAUCCAUCACUACAACUGUAGCCCGAUGCCUGAAGGUCAUCGAGACAGUUAAAUCUCUGGCCUCCCAGCCGCCAGCCAAACCAGUCAAAUCAGUCAAAUCAGUCCAGUUCAGCUUACCCACUGAGUCCCCGUCGGCUUCCAGUCUUCAGACGUCUGCAGGGACUGACGACGACAUAAAGACCAAGCAGAAGGAGAAGCUGGAUUUGUAUAACCAGAGGCUUCUUGAAAAGAGGGAGCAGCAGUACCAGGAGUUGCUCGCCCGCAGGAAACAAUGGGAGAAGAACAAAGACGGCACGCUGAUCUUUCCAGGCAGGCCACCCAGCGCUGAGCCCAAGAAUGUUUGGAUUUGUGGUCAUUCGCUGGUGUACUGGGCAGAGUCACGGGCCAAGUCUCCGGAGGUAGGUAUGCAGCUGGGCAUGGAUCCCAGCAAGGUGACCAUCUGGUGGAAGGGCAUCCAGGGCAUGACGUGGUCCCAGCUGCUUCCCCAGCUCUACCAGCUAAAGGUCACCUGGCCCAACCCAGAUGUCCUCAUCAUACACCUGGGCGGCAAUGAUCUGAGCACCGACAGCCCCACCAACCUGCUGGCCUCAGUCAAGAAGGACUUGACCUCGAUUAGGAGCAUCUUUCCACAGUGCGUCCUUGUUUGGUCAAACAUCCUCCCUCGGAGGGUGUGGCGCCACUCACCUGACAGCCACGAAGUAGAUCUGGUCCGAUCCACGGUGAAUCGGAGGAUCCAAAACAUAGUAUCUGAGCUGGGCGGCACCUCGCUGACCCACGAUAAUGUUAGGUGCGGCACAAACACAGGUCUGUACCGGGCCGAUGGCGUCCACCUGUCCCCCAAAGGCAUUGAUGUUUUUAAUCUGAACCUGCAGGAUCUGCUUGAGAAAUGGGAGAUGGAGGUGAACUCGGACUCAGAGAAAAGUUAACAAGGUUUUUUAUUUCCAGUGAUAGUCGCCUUGAUUUUGAUAUCUACUCUAACUUCUUUUUUCUUCACUCUGUGACUAACGUUUCCUGUUUUGUGUAGUUAUAGUUUCCUGUACAGUGACUUCAGUCUUUUGAACAUGUUAGUCUGUGUUGAAACUCUAUGAACCGAUCUGCUGUUGUAUUAAGAUUUUAUCUUCUGGAUGAACAGAAUGUUAAAAUCAGCAGCAGUGGAUGUUUUUCAAGAAGCGUCGCGAGUAAAUAUAAAGUACAUUGUUGACUCACUACAACAGAUCAGUUAGGAUGUUUGUGACGAUUCUUUGACAGUUGUUUCUACUGCAGGUUAAUGUGAUACCAAUAAAGACUUGUACUCAGAAAUGAA